AUGCGCCCCAACCUCCAGAUCAAGUUCAGCAAGCAGUUCCCCGCCAUAGGCGACGCCGAACCCCUCGACAUCAAGGAAGUCCUCUCCGAGUUCCUCCCCGAGGUUGCCUUCCAACCCCUGAAAGAUUGGAAAUCCGAACUUGCCAAACCCCGCGACGACUGGACACCCCCCGGCGAGCUACUCACCAGCUUCACCAACAAGGCCGGCCGCUUUGAAGUCUGGAAAGGCACCCUCUCCGACCCGGCCGUCAAGCAGCUCGUCAAGCGCAUCCAGAUCCUCGUCCCCCUCUUCAUCGAGGGCGGCACCGCCAUCAACGUCGACGACAAAGACGCCGGCCACUGGACCGUCUUCUUCCUCUACCAAAAGAAAACCGACCCCUCCAACAAGAAACCAACCUACAUCUUCGCCGGCUACUCCACCGUCUACCGCUUCUUCUUCCUCCACCUCCCCCCAACCCCACCAACCACCCCCCUUUCUGACAACACCUCCUCCCCCUCCCCAAUCAACGACCCCAUCGUAAUCAAGGAAGACUUCCCCCUCGGCACCCCCACAGUCGACAUCACCACCCUCCCCUGCCGCUCCCGCAUCUCCCAGUUCCUCAUCCUCCCCCCCUUCCAGCACCUCUCCCUCGGCUCCCGCCUCUACCACACGGUCUACCAAACCUACCUCUCCCACCCCCCCACAAAGGAAAUCACCGUCGAGGACCCAAACGAGGCCUUUGACGACAUGCGCUACAUCAACGACCUCCGCUGUUUGCGUUCCCUCCCCUCCUUCCAAGCCCUCCAGAUCAACACCUCCACCCCGAUCCCCAAAACAGGGCCCGUACCCAAAAACAUCAUCGACGAGGCCGCCGCCGAAAAGGUACGCAAAGAGGCAAAGAUUACAAAGAGGCAGUUUUAUCGCGUCCUGGAAAUGCAGCUCAUGUCCCGGCUGGGAGAGUCUGUCCGUCCGGGCAUCGGCCUGGACGAGAGCAAAAAAGUUGCCACUGCGACGGAGAGGAAGGAGUACGCGCUCUGGAAGUUGAUGCUCAAGAAGAGGCUGUACGUGCACAAUAGGGACGCGCUUGGACAGCUCCAACUAGAGGAGAGGGUGGAGAAGCUGGGGGAGGUGGUGAAGGGGGUUGAGUUUGAUUAUGCGAGGUUGCUUGUCAAGAUGGAGGAUCAGGAGCAGAAGCUGAGGGAGGAGGGCGAGGGGGUGGUGGUGGUGAUGAAUGGGAAGGGGAAGAGGAAGUCGACGACGGAGGGGGUUGAUAAUGACGAUAAUGGGGGGAGUGUGAGGAAGAAGGCUAGGGUUGAGGAGGAGGAGGAGGAGGAGGAGGAGGAGGAGUAG